AUGGCACCAAUGAGAGAGGAAUCGGAGCAAUAUAUGGACCAUUUGGUUCAAAGCAAUGUCGUGGACGCUCUGCCAUUAGUGAAGAAGGAUGGGGAAAAGAGUGAUAAUGGGAGCGACGAAAACGGCGAACGGCAUGACGACAGUGAUGAUGAAUACUACGGCGACGGUAGGGAUACACAAGUCGACGACCAUUCAGUUUCGUUAAUCACGAGGACUGCGUGGACCCAAGUGACAGAUACUGCUUGGACCACACAAACCGCCACUGUCUGGACCACGCAGACUGCGGUUACCACUUCAUCAAGUGUAAUGACUGUCGUCAUUGUUGCUACGCCAACUUCUACAACGAAAUCACCUGUGUCGACUUCAAUAUCUAUCACAUCUGCUUUAAUACCAACAACAACGACAGUUACUGCAUUCGGCAUACCAAGUUCAGAGCAGCCAGGAAGGAAAGGGUUAUGUACCCUUUCCAAUGGAUUUCCAUGUGAAAGCGGUUCGGCCACCACAUCUACUGUCACUGCCUAUGAGGCCAUCAGUGCAAAUUCUGCACCGACAGCUCAAGCAGACCAAUCUUCAUCACUUCCCACAGGAAUGCCGCCUCAAUCUUACAAUGGAAAGCCUCACAACGAUGAUGAUGAUGGUGAUUUAAGUCCUUUGGCGGAAAAACUUUUGAUCGGUGCUGGAUCAAUAGGAAUAUUCGUCAUUUUUGGUGCUAUCAUAUAUCUUAUCAUCAGAAUGAAGAAGUUGAAUCGAUUAGCAAGGGGAGAGAUAUCAGAGGAAGAGGCUCGUUGGUAUGGUUGGAGGAGAAACAGAGAUGAUCCAGGCCGUUCUCCUAGUUACGCUAGCGGCAAAGUAUCACGAAACGGGUAUCCUAUCGAGGAGAAAUUCGCUGAGAGGGAAAUGGCUGGCUUCUACAAUUCUGACAACAAAGUAGCCCUCGAACGCCCAGGAUCUGCAGCUGUAAAUUUAAGGGAGCUGCGUACAGAUCUACAAAGACAAAACUCGACAAGAAGCAGCCAAUCGGGAUCAGGCUUGUCUCCCAGCCCAGGCCAAUCAUACGGACUUCUAGGCAACGCAGAUAACUACUACUCCCAAUCAGGAACUCUCAGAUCUCAGCAAUCAGGACUAUCGGGGCAAUCUUCAAAUGCUUAUAAUCCUUCCCAAAGAGAGGUCAAUCACAUCAGCUACUUAUCCUCAAUAUCGUCAGGAUUUGGGGAUUCGCUUGUCAUGCUUGAUGAUAGCGCUCCUCCUCAAAAUCCAGUCUCCCGCUUCUCUUGGACGACGGCAUCCCAAGGUGCGCCACAGAACCGAGACACCAUAUACACAACAACAUCAGAGGAGACAUCACCACGAUUUCGUACUGUCAACUCAUGGGUAGCUCAACAAACUGGACGAGUGGAACGGAAACAGCAAAGUGAUAUGGAAAUACCAGCAAUGCCGGAAAUUCCUAUUUUAUAUACCCACCGAUCACAGGUUCCCGAACCAUUAUUUACCGAGGGACAUCAACGCAUGGCGAGUGAGAACCAAGCUUUUAGGCAUCACCCCGGCGAUGAAAUUGAAUUGGGAAGAGGCUCACGUGUUCCGAGUUCGAUUUUGGAUAAAAGAGUUGGGGUUUAA